AUGUCACAGUCCCAUGAGGUAGACGAAGAUACCAAUAUGGCUAUUUCGUAUACAACCCAAUCGUCAACCGGACACCCUCAUCAAACCCUCCCCUCAUUCCGCGAGCUCCUCCCUGCCCAUCUCCACGAUGAAAUCGAAUCAACCUCCCCAUUCUACACUCCUCGCCACUCACAAGACCGCCCACUCUUAAGCCACGAGAUGGCCGACCCCCGCUCAAUCCCAUAUGGCAAUCCAUCCAACCAAAUUCCCUACGACUCCCACCGCGAAUAUACAGUCUCCCGCAGCGCAGACCACCACAUGCACCUACCCGAGACCGCAUCCCGCGGUCCCAGCCCAAUUCUGCCCCCAAUCCGCGACCUGGAUUCCAUCCCCGGCCGCGCUUUGAACCCUUCCAGCAACGGGUUUCCCGAGCGAGUCCCACGCUCCGACCCCUUUGUCACGCAGGAAUUCCGCCAGCCCGGGCCGGCUGGAGCAGCCAUGUCCGCAGAUCCGCGCGGCGAGCACUUUGUCCAGCCUACCUUGCAUCCGCAGUCGCCGUUUGGGCACCAUUCCAUUGGCUACGCGGAUGAGCAGAUGUCGCCGCAGAUGAUGGGGCAUGGCCAGGGGAACUUCGGGAUUAUGGGAGAUCCAAUCGACCCCAAGACGAAGCGGAGACGGGGGAAUUUACCCAAGCCUGUCACUGACAUUCUGAGGGCUUGGUUCCAUGAGCAUCUUGAUCAUCCAUAUCCUAGUGAAGAGGAUAAGCAGAUGUUUAUGACUAGGACUGGGCUUUCAAUUAGCCAGGUGAGCAGUCAUCCUAAUGGACCGGUAAUUGGGUUGUGGUUCGCUAACUUCUCGUUUUGGUUCCAGAUUAGUAACUGGUUCAUUAAUGCUCGGAGACGGCAGCUUCCUGCGCUGCGGAAUCAAAUGCGCAGUGGUGCGGAUACGGAGUCUCAACGACAGUCGCCUUUUAGUGAUGUCGAUGGAUCGGAGCGCAUGCCUUCUCCUCAUCACUAG